ACAAAGCUGCCACUACCUCUUAUGGAGGUGGGAGUCCAAAGUUUGGCUCCUAACAAGUGGAACUGCAGUAUCUGGAACUUCAGUGGAAACCAGUUGCUGGCAACAGAAAAUGAAAGCUCUGCAAACCUUCCUAAGCUGUACCAGCUUCAGGACACUUGUAUUUCUCUCCUGCUCUUCUGACUGAGAUCUCACACUCCUCAAAAUAAGAUAAAGCAUAAAAUGAAUAAUUUACGUGGGAUUCUGGAUUUCUGCAUCCGCCACCAGACCGCUCUGGGUUACAGCACUGUGUCUCUGCUGACAGUUGCCAUGGAACAGAUCUUCUCCUCUGCGGUGUUCAAGUGUCCCUGCAAUUCUUGGAACACUCUGUAUGGCUCUGCCUUCCUCCUAGUGCCUGCUAUUGUCCUCUUUCUGCUUGGCUUCAUGGUGAACGCCAAGAUGUGGCACCUGCUGACAGGCAUCUGCUCUUCGGAGAAACGCAACUCCCAGGAAACCUGCAUCCACUGCUGCCACAACCUGGUGCCAGUGUUAGCCAGAGCCUUGGUGGGCCCCCCCACCUGGAUCGCCGUGGCCCUGCUCAGCGUCAGUUUCUAUGAGUGCGCGGCCAGUGGGAGCAGCAGGGUUCAGAGUUUCAUGUGUAAAGACACAGACUGCUACGAUCUGCUGGCCAAAAUCCCCUGCAACCCAACCUUAUCGAAGAACAUAACAGGUGACUCCCUCAGCUUUCAGGCACAGUCCCAGCUCAUAGGAUGGCUCCUGAUAUUAAUCAUCACCACUGUGGUACUGAGUUCAAAAUGUUACAGCCGCUGCACCUCCCCAGUUACCUAUCUUCAGCACAAGUUCUGCAAAAUUUACUCAGAACAGGAAACGAAGCUCUUUGAGGUCAAGGCUAAAGAGCAUGCAACCAAUCUGGCAGAAGUAAAUACAAGAUGUUUUUUUGAAGUCACUGACCCAGCACCAGCACCAUGUAUGACUCCCAGCAACGAAGACUGGAAGAAGACUUCACUCUUGUAUACCUACAAUCCACAAGAGCAGUAUUACAGCAGGCUGCACAAGUACGCUAGCACAAACAGGGGCAACAGCACCACCAGAUUUGGGGAAGGAGGUCGGAUUCCACCUGUUUCAGGAUCUGUGGAUGAAGCAGCCUUAAGAGAAUCAGGGUUUUGAUGAAACAAAUCAUUUGCAACACUGAACACUGGCUGGCUUUUAACUCCACUCAUAUGAGAAGGGUCUUAUUCUGUCCUCUUACUGAAAUGUAUGCAAAUUGUAUGCAAAAGCUGAUAGUGGCAACGCCCAGCAGGUUUGCUUUUAAAUACAUUUUAUUACUUUUGCUUAAAUACCUUUCAAUAAAUACAACUGUUCUGA